AAAAGAUAAUGUCUUUCAAACUGAAAGAAUGGGUUAUAUUAAGAGCUUGAAGCUCUUUAGCUCUAUUAGAGAUGCAAUAUUUGUGGGGUAAUAAUAACCAUGAUCUUUUCCAGGCCAUAUCCAUAAUCAAGGAUAAGCAACGGCGUCAAUGGGCACGUCGGCCGUGCGUGAUGACGACACCAGAAGGCCCCGGCGUGGCGCGUAGCGUAACAUUCCAUUGAGAAGAAGAGGGAAAGAUGGCGUCCUCUAACAAUCCUCGCAAAUUUAGCGAAAAAAUCGCUUUGCAUAAUCAGAAGCAGGCGGAGGAGACGGCUGCGUUCGAGGAAGUGAUGAAAGACCUGAACAUCACCAGAGCUGCGCGGUUGCAGUUACAGAAGACCCAGUAUUUGCAACUAGGGCAGAAUCGUGGACAGUACUAUGGAGGCUCACUGCCCAAUGUCAAUCAGAUUGGAAAUGGCAACAUUGACCUGCCUUUUCAGAACUCGGUGCUGGAUACCAGUCGGACAACCAGGCACCACGGGCUGGUGGAGCGGGUUUACCGUGACCGCAACCGCAUCACAUCUCCUCACCGCCGGCCACUGUCAGUCGACAAACAUGGACGUCAAAUUGACAGCUGUCCUUACAGCUCAGUUUACCUCUCCCCGCCGCCAGACACUAGCUGGAGAAGGACAAACUCGGACUCUGCCUUACACCAGAGCGCCAUGAACCCGAAGCCCCAGGAGGUUUUUGCCGGCGGAUCACAGGAGCUGCAGUCUAAACGAGUACUGCUGCUAACAGUGCCUGGGACGGAGAAUUCAGAGUCGAAUGCAGACAAGGACGCACAAAAACAGCUGUGGGACGACAAGAAGGAUGAUUCAUCAAAUUCCAACACGUGUGAUGUCCCAGGAAUCAACAUAUUCCCAUCGCCAGAUCAGGAGUUGAACCCGUCCGUGCUCCCGGCUGCACACAACACCGGCGGUUCGCUGCCCGAUCUGACCAACAUCCAGUUCCCUCCUCCGCUGUCAACUCCGCUGGACCCCGAGGACACCGUGGCCUUCCCCUCCCUCAGCUCAGCCAACAGCACGGGCAGCCUGACCACUAACCUCACCCACCUGGGCAUCAGUGCUGCCAGCCACGGGAUCCCCACCUCCUCUCCGUCCACCAUGACGGUAACGGCACAGCGCCGACAGCCACCGGUGGUGCCCCUCACUCUCACCUCUGACCUCCAUCUUCAACAGUCUCCACAACAGCUCUCACCCACCCUCUCCUCACCCGUUAACAUUCCACAGGCCGUCCCAACAGAGUCUCUGACCCUGGAGCAGCAGCUCUCCCAGUACCCGCUGUUCAACCAGCUGACCGCUCAGGCCCAGGCACAGCUGCUCAGCGACCUCCAGAAGCAGCAGGCCCUACCGCAGGGCAUCCAGCUCAUCACCUUGCCAACUCUGGCUUCCACCGGCACGGCCACCGCCAGCAGCCCAUCCCCGGACAGCCAGACCACCGCCAGCAUCAGCAUCAGCUCGUACCGCAAUCAGACUGGCUCACCAGCCACUCAGUCUCCAACCUCCCCCGUCUCCAAUCAAGGCUUCUCCCCCGGAGGCUCGCCUCAACACAUCCCUGUGGUGGGCAGUAUAUUCGGCGACUCGUUUUACGAUCAGCAGUUGGCGUCGAGGCAGACGAACGCUCUCUCUCACCAGCUGGAGCAGUUCAACAUGAUCGAAAGCCCCAUCAGCUCCAACAGCCUUUACAACCAGUGCUCCACCCUCAACUACACACAGGCGGCCAUGAUGGGCCUCACUGGGAGCAACCUGCAGGACUCGCAGCAGCUUGGCUACAGUAGCCACGGCAACAUCCCCAACAUCAUCCUCACAGUAACAGGUGAGUCUCCGCCGAGCCUCUCCAAAGAGCUGACCAACUCUCUGGCCGGCGUCGGCGACGUCAGCUUCGACGCAGACUCUCAGUUUCCUCUGGACGAGCUGAAGAUCGACCCGCUCACCCUGGACGGACUGCACAUGCUCAACGACCCGGACAUGGUGCUCACCGACCCGGCCACCGAGGACACGUUCAGAAUGGACAGGCUGUAACGUGAGCCGCCGCCGACCGUGGCCAGGAAACACAGAGGAGGAAAAAAACAGAAAGAAAGAAAGAAAGAAAAUAAAAUAAAAACACUAACUUGUGAAUGGAGAGAAACAAAAAGGGCAGGAUGAACCCUCUCCCUCGUUGCAUGGCCGUCCAGCUGUCCGACCUCGCCCUCGACUCCGUGAAGCCCUCCGAAAUGAUGCGCCACCAAGUGACAACAGGGAAAAAGACAUCCAGUGGCUUGCCAGGGAAUGGCCUCGCUGUCGUUUUGAGUGAGAUUGGUCGCUCAGCGCUUUCGCUAGCCUACUGUGUUUACAGUGUACCAUUACAUGCCACAUAUAUUCCAAAAAAAGAAAAAAAAAGAAAACGCACAUUUGACUUUUUUUUUUUUUUCAUAUCCACUUUAAUAUUUAUUGAUAUUUGCUUGUAGCAGGAAGCUACUAGGACAUUGGGUUAAACCGUACCUGUCAUAAAAGGCUGUGUUUAGAGAGAAGAAGAAGAAGAAGAAGAAAACUAAACAGCCAGUUUGCGCGUAUCCUGCAGCGGAAUAAACCGGUUUUCCCAUCGUGCCAUGACAGCUUUCUACUUCACUCUCAAAGCUUUAUUCUCAACAACCAAAUGUUAUUUUUACCAUGUACUGUAUGUUUUUACGCGCCAUUGUUGUAUUUAUACGUUUAUUUAUUUAAUUUAUUUAAUUUAUUUGGUUAAAAGGUUUUAUAUUCCAUUUCAUAAUUUUCAAAAUUUGAUGCCAAAAUGUCGUCUGUAGGCAUAGUGUAUAAAUUGCACUGGUGUAAUUUGUGUCUAUUUAUUAAUUACUAACAUAUUUAUCUAUGUGUUUGUUAAGCUACUUGGUUAACGAAGGAGUGCAAAACCUCCCCAUAGUUGCUCUUUGGUGUUCGAUGUGCCAUUCUCUGAUAGGUCGACGUUUUCAUGCUGCAGCCCAGCAGUCAGAUCCAAAUAUCGCAAAAUGUUGUUAGCACCGCUCCACGACCAUGUCGCGUGCUUCAGAAAUUGAAUUAUUAUUAUUAUUGUUUAUUUUUAUUCUGAGAAAAAUCAUCAGGUAUUUCUAUUCAACUAGAACGCAAAGGGGGGAAAAACGUCCAAAUUCAUUGUCUGAUCCUGUCUAUGUCUACAUAUCUACAUAUUUAUAUAUAUAUAUAUAUAUAGAUAUAUAGACAUGUUCAGACUGAGCUCCUUCUCGGCGUAGGAAGGCGUCUCUUUUUAAAACCACUAAAAUCUUAACUCUUUUUAAGUCGUCACUGUGAAAUCACCUGAUUUUGCCUUACAGGAGUUAUUCUACUGUUCUUCUAAAGUGUCUGACGUGACAACGUAUUUUCGUAACUUAUUGUAACAUUUUCUUGUAUUUGCGAGGAACUUUUUGGUCAGUGGUGUUUGUGGUUAUGUUGUGUAAGGUUUGACAAAUCAAUGUACUGUAUUUUGUAGCGGUACACUUUAUAGCCAAAUUGUUGAUGUUUUUUUUAAAAGUUAUAGCGGGGCAAAAAAAGGGAGGAAGGGGAGGGGGGAUUGAAAAAAAAGCAUAUCUAUAUAUAGAUAUAGAUAUAUAUAUAUAUCAACAGAGGGUUUAAAGGUUUUGAGAAGGAAGGUGCAAUUAUGGGGAGGCUUUUUGCUCCUGGACAGGGAAGCUCUAACAAAAACUGACCGUGACUCGUGGGUCAUGAGGUUGAUGGUUGAUGGAAGUGUGUUCAACUGUAUCACGGUGGUUGUUUUGUUUUUUUUGUUUUUUUGUAAAACGCAAACUUUUACGCCUAUAAAUAUAUUUUUAUUGUGCGUUUACUCCAUGUGGUAAACUCGAAUACGUCAGUGCGCAGAAAGAUUAUGAGCGUAUUUAUGCUUUAACAAGUAUUGCAUGCGCCAAUGUCUGACUGAUUGAGUUCAGUCUCGACACAAAACAAAAAUAUGGCGACAAUUGGUCCAAAAUCAUGUCAACUGUUUACAUUAAAUCAUCUUUAAUGAUGCCUGUUGAUCCUUUUUUUUAUUUUUAUUAACCAUAAGUUGAAAGUGUAGCCGGUCAGUCUGCCUCGGCCUUUUUGUCAGAGUUUCCCUGAGAGUCAUGUGUGCGUCUGUGGGAUACUGUAAUGUUUGUGUACAGACUUGCUAAUAUUUUUACUCACCUCUAAGCGCUGAUGGGAAGAGUGCCCCAACUACCCCCAUCCCCACCCCACCAACCCCUCCACCCAACAGAAAAAGGAAUCACGUAUGAUUUUACCUCUACAGUCGGACUUUGAGUUGAAGUGUACGUUGUCUGCUGUAAACCUCUUAUCCACGCUGCUUUUGUUUGCCUUCAACAGAUGUGUGAUUCCUAUGCAAAUGAGACGAUGAAAAAAGAAAAAGAAAAUGAUGAACCUUAAAGGAAAAAUCCACCUUUUUAUUUUUAUUGCUGGAUUCAUCCCAGCUGGAUCCCAUCCCGAGAGGCUCGUACCUCCUUAACAACGCUUUCAAUCCGCUAUAGUUCAGUCAGAGCCUCAGAAGACCAAUUAGGUGCAGGCCACAUACAGAAUAUGAUCAAGGGCUCCGUAGUCUCCUUUAAAAAUGUCUAUUUUGUGUAUUUUCCAGACAGCAGCGUCACAGCUCUGCUUUAGUGAGUCAGACGGAGGAGGAUUGUGUCGCGGUGGCGUUAUGACAAUCAACGAGUGAAAUCGUACCCUGAAGUAGAAAUCAAAGGAACACCCUGACAGAGGAGGAUGAAUCCAGCUUUAUUUAUUUUCAUUUAUUUAUUUUAAGUUAUACCGCUUGGUAUUUUCUUUUUGUAAAUUCGUUCCCCCGUGUCUGCUGGUUGCUGCUCUGGAGGAGCUGAUGUCAAACCUGACUUAGUUGUUGGUGUCAAAAUAUCUGUUAAACAUUCCUCACAAGAGGAAGAAGAAAAAAAAAAUAGAAACGCACACAGAAAAAAAAAUGUACCUUAAACUUUUGUGACUGACGUUGGAUUUUUCCUUUAAGUCUCUGAAUCAAAUGUGUAGAGCUCGUCCUCUACGGGUUAAAUGUUUCCAAAAAAACAAAACAAAAAAAACCCAAAAAAGAUAAAAAGUGUUUCACUGUUGUGUUGCCGAUAAUGAUGCCAGUGGUUUGAGCUUUCCUGCCACCUCCCUCCUUUCAUCCUGCUGACAGCCGAGUCCUUCACACUGACCUUGUACAUACGCUAUAGCUGAAACUAAAUGCAUGACUAAACCGACGGUCCAAACCUCUGAAUGAAGGCCUCCUGUAGCGCCGAGGGUUUGAUUCGUGUAACGCUGCCACAGAGUCUAAAGGGAUGCAUGUAUGGGUUUUCUCCUGUGCGACAGUGAACUCCUGUGUACCUCCAUCUCUGUACAAUGAUAAAAGAAUGUAUUUUCUGCGUCUUGGUUUUAGCCAAAUGUGUCCCGUCACAGUCGGAUCAGGCUUCUUCUCCUCCUCCUCUACUCAUCCUCCUCUUCUUCUCUCUGAGGAAUCAGGCUGCUGCUUGUUUCCACUCUUUCUAUCUAUCUUCCUACUGUAGCAUCUCUUCCCACGAUCCGGCCCCUCUUUUCUUUUCCCCCCUCUUUCCUGAUACAAAUGGAAGCAGGUUCUGUCUUGCAAAAAAACAAAAAAACAAAAAAAACAAGGUUUGCAGACUGGCACAUGCACUGAUCGUAUAAUGGACUUGAAGCUUUUGCAUUACGCAGCCAACUGCAUGACAUGACACAUUGAUUCUCCUCCCAUGUUAUGUAUAGGACUUCAAUCUCGCUAUGCUGCAGUACUGUAGUGGUUUUAAAAAAACAAAAAACAUCGCAUUUAUUUUUUAUUUUCAUUUGUCCUCGUUGCCUAUCAUGUUACGUUCUGGACUGAGUAAAGAGUAAGAAUUCUGUUUUUGUUUUUCUGUUGUUUUUUUUUUCUUCAGUUUGUUUCUUUACCAUUUCUCUUUUUUUUUUUUACGUGCAAUGUUUAGUCCACUAGUUUGCUUCGCACUUUAUUUGUGACUUCCUGGCUUUCGAGCAGGGACUGUUGUGCCCGACGUGAAUGCUGACUGUUUCUCACACCAGAUGUAUAACUCCGGAGAUAUUUUUUGUGUCAAAAGAAAAGAUGAAUUCUCUACUUUCCUUUGUAAAAUAUAUUUUGGCUUGUCUUGUUUUUUUUUUUCUUUUUUUUAUCUGAGAAGAUUUUAGGGGAUGCAAAACUAGAAAGGGCUUACUCCAGUGCAGCUUGUGUUGGAAAGGAAUCGGUGCUCCGAAUGUAUUUCUUUGUAAACCGCCCCCCUACACAUGCACACACAUUAAGGUCACGUGACACUGAUUGGCGUUCAAUUGCAAUCUUAAAAAUACUCAAAGUGGAGCGUUUUCCACCUUAACUUUAAAAUACUGCCGCUAAUUGUUCAGUGCUGCGGCAUAGUCUCACGUAUUAUCUCGUCUCCAGCUCACCAGGCUUCACCCCAGUGUUUCCAGAGGCCAGAUGGGAGAAAACAUGCUGUGCUGGACAAGAGUUAUCUUCUGUUUCUUUCUUUUUUCUUUUCUUUUUAAAAUCUGGUGUGCAUUAAAAGGUUAGAAAUGAAUUUAAUAAAACACUCAACAAGGGUAUUAGAUGUAUUAGCUUCAAGCCAGGCAGCUAAGAAACCUUAGGAUAAAGGUAGAGGAUGUUAAAAAAAAAAAGCUUUUUGGCAUUUAAUUUCACAAAAUGUGUCAAGUCCGAGACUAAACACUGAAACCUGGAAACUUCUCAUUGGAAGCUGGAGGUCCAUUUUUCAAGCGUGAGAUGCACAGAUCACGUGACAGUAUUAUUAUUUUUUUACGUCUAGUCGACAGUGUAGCUGAAGCUCAUUUUUGCUCGUUUUUGGUCCGAGGCUCCGUUUAAUUUAAAUUACUUCCCAGCACAGCCUUAUUUCUCUUUCUUUUUUCGUUAAAAAGCUACAUUUUGUCUCGAGCUGUAAACGGCAAGAAGACGAGCGUGAGGCUCAAACAGGAGUCCUGUGUUUGAGGAUGUGUCCUCAGUCCCGGAAUAAAACGGAAAAGAGUUGCUGCUCCAUCUGUACUGCUUGUUCCCAGAGUGUUUUAGGCCUGAAUUAAAUCUCCCUUUAAUAACCCGGGGUUUUCUAAAUACAGUUCAUUGAAACUUGUACAAGUCUCUGGAAAAAAAAAAACAAAAACAAAACUAAUUUUCAGUUCCACUUAGAGCUUAUAGUAAGAAUAGCAUUAUAUCACUGUUGUCCUGUAAGUCGUAGUAAAAGACCUGUAGUUAUUUAUUUGUUGCCAUGUGAUUCUCCUUAUGUGAACCAUUUGUUUAUAAGAUGAAAGAAAAAUGUCAAUUAAAUUGAAUGUGGAAGACAGA